UGUUGCAUAAUUCAUUACACUUCAUAACAAUUAUGGGGUGUCAGUUGUCUCAGUGGAAUGAUACACAAUUGAAAAUCCACGAAGAGGAUGGUCCUUGCUGAAGAAGAGGCCGAAGUUUUAACAUUGAAAGAGCCAGACCAUAACGUGAAGUUAUUCUUUAUCAAAGUGAAACGAGUUCGAUUCGACAAAUUAUUAUCAUCUUACUAAUACAACGAAGAAGUGGAUAAUAUUUGUAACGUUCCAGAAGAAAUGUGGUACUCGGCCUAACCUGGAUCUUACCUAUGUUAGUCUAUCAUCCUUUGUGUGUUCAAGGACUGUGAUAAAAUAAUAUAAGAGCACUUAUGAUUGACACACUCUGAGUAACUUCUAUUUUUGAUGAGCCCAUCAACCAGCUCCACGAUUUCACUGCUCUCUGGUAAACAUGUCGACCGAGAAGAGGAAACCGAAGAACUGGGAUCACUAGCUUCUGUAAUUCGUUUGCCCGUUUAUCAGAGUAGAGUCUAAGGGGGCACUGGGAACAGUUGAAAGGUGAAAUAAUGCAAGAUAUAGGCUGUGAAUCAGCAAUAAUAACAAGAAGAGAAUAAUCAUUGCAACGUCUAAUAUCUUAAAUAACACAUGUCGGAUGUAUCAGUUGGUUUUUGGUGUUUUAAUGUUCUUCUUGUUGUUUGUUGUUAAUUGAACUUUGUGAAAGAUGGAGUGGACCUGGUGGAAGGACUGGUGGAGAUUAAAAAAAUGGCGAAUUCGUAACGACGGGAAGAACCCACCGCCAAUUUCUGAAAUGGAAGAUUUAAGCGACCUGGAGGAAUGUUGCUGCUGCGACGAGUGUUUUGGCGAGCUGUCGGACGGGUGCAGCAACGAGGAUGGGUGCAUGGGCGGUGCUGAUCUCGAGGGCGAGGGUAAACAGGUCCUCGUUGGGGUCUGCGCGAUGUCCAAGAAGUCGCAGAGUAAACCAAUGAAGGAGAUUCUUACCCGGUUGGAAGAAUUUGAAUAUAUUAAGAUCGUCGUUUUUCCUGAAGAAGUCAUAUUGAAGGAACCUGUCGAAGAUUGGCCGAUAGUCGAUUGUCUGAUAAGUUUUCAUAGUAAAGGAUUCCCGCUGGACAAGGCAAUACACUAUGCCAAUCUACGCAAUCCAUUCAUCAUCAACAAUCUUCCAAUGCAAUAUGACAUUCAGGAUCGCAGAAGGGUAUACGCGAUACUAGACAGCGAGGGCAUUGAGAUACCACGUUACGCUGUGCUUGAUCGUGACUCAGCUGAUCCGAAACAUCACGAGCUCGUCGAGUCCGAGGAUCACGUUGAGGUCAAUGGCGUCACAUUCAAUAAGCCCUUCGUCGAGAAGCCAGUUUCUGCCGAGGAUCAUAAUAUAUACAUCUAUUAUCCGACUUCUGCUGGUGGUGGGAGUCAACGUUUGUUCAGAAAGAUAGGCAGUCGUAGUAGCGUGUAUUCGCCAGAAUCACGUGUUCGUAAGACAGGUUCCUACAUCUAUGAAGACUUCAUGCCCACCGAUGGUACCGAUGUCAAGGUAUAUACUGUUGGGCCGGAUUACGCCCAUGCUGAGGCCCGGAAGAGUCCUGCUCUCGAUGGGAAAGUCGAACGUGACUCCGAGGGCAAGGAAAUUCGGUAUCCUGUCAUUCUGAGCAAUGCUGAGAAACUCAUCAGCAGGAAGGUCUGUCUAGCUUUUAAGCAGACCGUAUGCGGAUUUGAUUUACUCAGAGCCAAUGGACAGUCAUUUGUUUGCGACGUGAAUGGAUUUAGUUUCGUUAAGAACUCGAACAAGUACUAUGACGAUUGCGCAAAGAUCCUGGGCAACAUGAUAUUGCGUGAACUUGCACCUACACUACAUAUUCCCUGGAGCGUACCAUUUCAAUUGGAUGAUCCACCCAUCGUGCCUACGACCUUUGGAAAGAUGAUGGAGUUGCGAUGUGUGGUAGCAGUCAUAAGACAUGGGGAUAGAACACCAAAGCAAAAGAUGAAGGUGGAAGUCCGCCAUCCUAAGUUCUUUGAGAUAUUCGCAAAGUAUGAUGGAUAUAAGCAUGGUCAUGUGAAACUGAAGAGGCCUAAACAGCUUCAGGAGAUUCUAGACACUGCUCGAAGCUUAUUGGCUGAAAUACAGCAUCGUGCUGCUGGUCCAGAGCUCGAGGAAAAGCAGGGAAAAUUGGAACAACUCAAAAGUGUAUUAGAAAUGUACGGACACUUUUCGGGUAUCAAUCGUAAAGUGCAAAUGAAGUAUCAACCACGAGGAAGACCCAGAGGAAGUUCCUCGGAUGAUGAUCGUCUUGGUGAGCCCUCCUUGGUUUUGAUCCUGAAGUGGGGCGGUGAAUUGACUCCUGCAGGUCGCAUUCAAGCUGAAGAACUUGGUCGAAUAUUUCGAUGCAUGUAUCCCGGCGGUCAAGGUAGACACCUUAGUGAGGAAGACUCAGAGAUUUUGCCAAGCCACGGUGAGUAUGCUGGUGCUCAGGGACUGGGACUUUUGCGUCUCCACUCAACAUUCCGUCAUGACUUGAAGAUCUAUGCCAGUGACGAGGGUCGCGUCCAGAUGACGGCUGCUGCUUUCGCAAAAGGUCUCUUGGCUCUGGAGGGUGAACUCACGCCAAUCCUGGUGCAGAUGGUUAAGAGUGCCAAUACUAAUGGUCUUCUAGACAAUGAUUGUGACAGUAGCAAGUAUCAGAAUAUGGUGAAGACGAAGCUCCACGAGCUUCUACAACAGAACAGAGAGUUCACGCGUGAGGAUCGCGAACAGAUCAAUCCGGGUAACGCACUCAGUAUAAAUGCAGCUAUGGAUUUUGUGAAGAAUCCUGUACGGUGUUGCCAGCAUGUGCACGCAUUGAUACAGAAGCUCAUGGAUAUUGUAAGGAUCAAGAAAGAUGAUCCUAAGACUAAGGAUGCUAUACUAUAUCAUGGGGAAACUUGGGAACUGAUGGGAAGGCGAUGGGGAAAAAUAGAGAAGGACUUUUGCACGAAGGACAAACGGUUUGAUAUAUCAAAGAUUCCAGAUAUUUACGAUUGUAUAAAGUACGACUUGCAGCAUAACAAUCACACCUUGCAAUUUGAUCAUGCUGAGGAAUUGUAUAUCUACGCCAAAUACCUCGCUGAUAUUGUGAUACCACAGGAGUAUGGAUUGACCGUCCAAGAGAAAUUGACGAUUGGUCAGGGUAUAUGCACACCGCUCCUGAAGAAGAUUCGUGCUGACCUACAAAGGAAUAUCGAAGAAUCUGGAGAGGAAACUGUAAAUCGAUUGAAUCCAAGAUAUUCUCAUGGUGUAUCGAGUCCGGGACGACACGUGCGUACGCGGUUAUACUUCACAAGCGAGAGCCAUGUUCAUUCUCUGCUUACAGUUUUGCGUUAUGGGGGUUUGUUAGAUGUGGUAAAGGAUGAGCAAUGGAGACGCGCAAUGGAAUACGUCAGCAUGGUGUCCGAGCUUAAUUACAUGUCACAAAUAGUUGUAAUGCUGUACGAGGAUCCUACUAAAGAUCCAAGUAGCGAGGAGCGUUUCCACGUGGAGCUGCACUUUAGUCCAGGUGUCAAUUGUUGCGUUCAAAAGAACUUGCCACCUGGACCUGGAUUCAGACCUCAUUCCCGCAAUGAGAGCAGUCAAAAUCUUGGUGACACUGGGUCUGGUCAGGAUACGACUUCUCAGUGCAGUACGCGUAUCGAAGAGGAGGAUACUGAAUUGGGUAUUGUUGAGGAUGAUGUCAUAACUCCACCAUCCAAAUCGGAUACCUCCCCACCGCCGAUGGAAACUGAACCGAUUGAUCCCAUAAUGGACAGUCCGACAACCAGCAGGGCAAUAGACAUGAUGGACCUAGAUUCGAAUUUAAUGGAUGAACCCUUCGACAGCGGAUUCCUCCAGAGUUCUGCACCGAUACCAAUCAGUGCCAGGACGGUCGCUGGUCAUGAAGCUGCAAGACUGGGUAGCCAAUUGGCAGCGAGUCAAAGACAACGACGGGAAAGGGAAGCAGCUGGAAUUAGUGAACCUCGCGCUCGCAGUUAUGAUCAUCAACGACAGGAUAAACCUGAGAAAGAAGCUUCAGUCCAGGAGGUUUCGGAGGAAUCAAGUAUACCGGAAUGUUCCCCCAGGAACGAUUUCCUUAACGUACCUUACCUGGGAAAGCCCUUAGUCCUGGCUCACUCCAUAAGCUCUCCGGAUCUGCCUAUACCAUUUGGCGUGAAUGCUUCUUCAGCCUCUAGUUCGGGAACCGCCAGUCCCCUAGUUACACUCCAUAGCACGCCCUUGGCAUCCUGUAGCACACUGUCGCCGUCCUGUGAUAACAACAACGAGAACGUAUCAACUCCAACGUGUAUAUCCUGCAAGCCUCCGCUGAUAUCACACACUAAGAAAUAUGGCCGCUCCCAGUCCGAGAUGACUCUGCCCAGUGUGGAAGUAAGCGGUGAGUUCAGCGAAGCUUCUCCGUCGGUAUUCAUGUCCAACCAGGUAUCAAGUUCCCUGUCGCCGUCCAACCACACGAACAAGUCACAUCAUUUGACCGUUUAUCAAGAUCACUACGACACGGAGUUUGGCUCCAAGAGACGAUCACGAUCCCUGUCACCCGGUUGUCCACCACGUUGUCCAUGUUACAAUUGCACCAUCUCGGAACUGAUAUCCCAGAGCAGAUCGCUGUCGCUCUCCGAGCGCUUAAACCUUCAAACUUACUUCUUUCGCUCGUUGUCUCAUAAGUUUUGCAACUGUUCAUGCUACUCGUCCGGCCUGCUCGAACCUAACUUCCUGUGGAUGGAGUCAUUCCGUUCCUGUCAGGAGGUCUUCCCGUCGACCCACGGAAGUCCCUGUCGUAACAUGACUUACUCGUCACACUUGAGCUCGUUCCCCGAGGAUGGUGCAACUGCAGGACACUGUCAGGAGACUGAUCUCAGUGAACACUCGAGACUUCCUUCGGGUAGUUCCACUCCGAAUACACACCUCCAGUGUUCUACACCCUGUGGAACGUCCAGGAUGCACUUCGGCUGUUGCGUCUACCGCCACGAGAAGCAUCGGCUCGAUACCACCAGGUCACCUCCCGGGUGCAGGGUUCUCUCGAGGACACUCUCGUGCUCUGAUAUGGGAGCCACCUUCGCUAAUCCUGGCACAGACUCCGAUUUCUCGUCCUCCUACUCCCACUCACCGGACUCACGCACUUACCGUAAUUUUAGAGAUAGACGAUACUCUCACAACGACGUCCUCGGGACGACGUCCUUGCUCGGACAUACGUCAUCGCGUCCUAUUGAUCUAGAACCACCGCUUUCGUCCUUGUGUCCUUGCACUCAUCAGCAUUAUUGUAAUGGCUCACGUCAUUGUCAUUGCUUUGCGCGUCAUCAUUACAAGUGUCAGCACAGAAUGUCCAACGAUAAUCCCAGGAAGCCGAUUCCCAGACUCCAACCGCAACGAUCCUUCUCAUCUCCAGACACACGACCUUCGAUCAUUCAACCUGACCUCACCUGCACAGCCAGGCGCCACCGUCACAGUAUCUCCGGACAGAUGAGUUAUUUCAAGCUGUUGGGCUACAACGUUAGCAAGAAGCUGACGGGAUCUACGAACAGCCUCUUUAGUACAGCUGUUAUAAGUGGCUCGUCGAGCGCUCCCAAUCUUAAGGACAUGGUACCGCCUCACGCGUCAGCUGUCGCUGAUAUGGAUUUUAUCGUAGCUAUUGAAGGAUUUGGGGGUGUGCCACCGAUCAGACCUCUGGAGACCCUGCACAAUGCGCUGUCCCUUCGUCAACUCGAUUCCUUCUUGGAGAUGAUGACCAUCGCACCCUUGUUUAGAACGCCGGCGUCAUCACCGCCUAAGUUUCCAUCGCCGGGAGGCUCGAUUCAUGGGGCGGUUAUGCCUAAUCUGAGCAUUGGCGGCAUCAGUCGAGAGUAUCAUUCCUCAGACUUGGAGUGUGUCAGGUACCGUAAGCCAUUAGGCGUCGUUCCUCUGUACAUCACGCCUACUCCUAUACAGUAUAAAGGACCCAAUGAUACUGAUGUAAUUGAUGUUAGGAAUCAGCCGUCACCUACCAGUCCGAACAGUACAGGAUGGUGGAGCAGCGAGCCUCAAUCCUUCCUGUCCUCGGAACCGUCCUCACCAGCACCAACAUCAGCUGGAGAGUGCAGUAUGUCUAUUAGCCUGGUCAGCAACGAUGGAAUACAGCCAUUCGGCGGCGGACCUAAUAAAUUCUCAACAACACCAGGACUAGACUUGGAUUUUAAUGACAUCUGCAUGAAUCUGGACCAGGAGUGCCGCGAGAGUCGCGGCAGCAUCUCUUAUACAGAUUAUUACAGUAACGAGGACGGUCAGAUUCGCGGAAGUGGGAACGAUACCAUCUGUAGGAAUUUGAAGCAGAGCACAUGCUCGAACGAGGCGAAUGCAGAUAACCUUGACGAUGACGAGGAUCACACUUUGACAUUGAGACAGAGCGAGGAGCAGAAGAAGCAAGACGUGAAGUACAUCUUCGAGCAGAAAGAGUCUUCCGCUUCCGGUACUGGGAGUACAACUGCUGCUAGUAUGGUAAAGCCAAGUAGUAGUUUCAAGAAAAUUGGCAGAUUCAGGGUGGAGAGCAUGGAGAUCGCUGACGAAGACGUUAGGAUAAAGGAGUCAACGUCCCUGAGUUCGACUUUCACUAGAGAAAACGACUCAAAGAAGAUGACGUCUGGCCCGUCAUCCUCCUGCAGUAGGAGGAGGAACUUCUCAAGAUCGCAGAGCGUCUCUACACCCAAGGUCACUUCCGAGAAGGAUAUAAGUGCUGAAUCAAGCUUCAAGUUCACCGCCAACCAGGGUUCCUGCUCGGUGACCUCCAGCGAUGAUCUCGAAAAUCGUAAGGUGAACUUGGUGGAGCCAUCGUCGACCGGAAGUCCUUCAAAGGAAUCACAUGAUCAAGAACCCAUACUUACUUUAGCAAGUAGUCUAAAGGACAGUUCCAGCAUAAAAAUAGGCUUUAACGUUCAGGAUAACAAGAAUGGUUAAUACGGACAACAAAACAUAAUAAGCACAACAUGUUCUCGAAAGGCCACGUAAGAUUUUACAUUUACUCCUUUCCGUAUUCGCCAGGCUAAUUUGAAGGCGUGAAUCGUCACGUAAACAGUACAUUCCACCUCGUAAGAGGCAACAAGAUAAAGAACAAUUAUUUUUUAAAAAUAUUACAGGAAGGAUCAACACAAAUUAAUCGUAAUAUUCUUGCACAUGGGACCAUACGUCCCUAAUAUAUGGGUUUUGAUAAUCGGAUGUUCCUACCCACUUUGUAAUUGCUUCAAUUGGGAUUUAAAAUUAAAGUGUCAUAUAUUCUCGUUGUACAUGACCGGGCAAUAAUGGCUUUUCUCUUCACAAACGUAAUAGUAUUAAAUGACAAUAGUAUUCUGGAAGACCAUUUUUGCUCCCUGCUGUGUAUGUUAACGUGUUUCAUUCAAAAUACAAAUAACAGAAGAGGCCCUUUCGAAUCCUAGCAGAUUUCUCAAAUAUUUGUUCAAUAAUAGACACAUAGGUCCGGCUACAUUGCUACGUAAGUGCAAUGUAAGUAGAUCGCUUUAUCAUGUUUUCUUUUUAUAAAUAUAUUUAAAUAUAUGUAGAAAUCAAAAAUUUACGUUUAACGAUGCAGGAAUUGUAAAUAGAUGCGUUUAUGCAGACGAUAUUGUGCAAUUGCUGGUACCUUUUUUUUCAUUUGCCUGACAUAUUUUUUUAGCACGUUGACUGCCACGGUACUUUUCAGAAUUAGGCCAACUAUGAGUUAUCUCGUAGCUUGGCUGUCAACGUGUUAAUCUACUGAUAUUGAAAAUCAUGAAUCACAUAGCUACUAGCGACCUUGAUCAUAAGUGGGUAGAAAUAAAAAAAAAAUAUCAGCUAAAGAUACAAAUGCAAGUGAUGAGAAUGGAAUGAAAUAAAAAUAGUAUACUCUUGUGGCGAACGAUCUCAUAUUUAUCAGAUGCAUUCGUGUACUUAGGAUUUGAGUUGCUACAGACAACAAGAAAAAUAUUAUAAGAAAAGGUACUCGACGUUCCUCUGUGUAUAGACGCUUUGUAUUAGAAUUUUAAAAACUGUGAAUAUAAUAUCCAACAAGUAAAAAUGUCCAUGUCAA